GGAGGAUUUAAGCGGGCCCGUCGUAAUGAUGAGGGCUUUCUGAGACUGACUGAUUUCAAAACUUGACGGGUUUCGAGUUUCACAGGUAAGAGCACUUCGAGCCGGGACGCACACUCAGGCCAAGUUAGUCUGCGUGGGAGAUCGGGGGCUUAACCUUCAAGAUGAACCCUGAGGUGGAUUACGGAGGCUCCGGGAGCAGCGGGAACGGAAAGUUGCGCCAGUGGCUCAUCGAGCAGGUGGACUGCGGGAAAUAUCCCGGACUGGUGUGGGAGAACGACGAGAAGACCAUCUUCAGGAUACCGUGGAAACACGCCGGGAAACAGGAUUAUAACCGGGAUGAGGAUGCCGCGCUUUUCAAGGCCUGGGCUCUGUUCAAGGGCAAGUUUCGGGAGGGGAUCGACAAACCGGACCCGCCGACCUGGAAGACGCGCCUCCGCUGCGCCCUCAACAAGAGCAACGACUUUGAGGAACUUGUGGACAGGAGCCAGUUGGACAUCUCGGAUCCGUACAAAGUCUACCGCAUCAUCCCCGAGGGCGCCAAGAAAAGACCCCGACAGGAGGACAGUCCUCUGAGUCCAAUGAGCUAUCAAGUGCACCCCUACCCUGCACUGCAGUCCCAGAUGCCACAGUACAUGGCCACAUCAGACUGUGGCUGGAGAGAUUACUGUCAGGAGCAGGCUUCCCUGUCGGAGCUGCCCUUCACUCAGUGUCCCUGUCCCCCACGCAGCCUGUCCUGGCAGAGCCCAUCCAUGGAGAAUGGAUACCAGCUCAGAGCCUCAAUUUACUCGUACGGUCCUGCUGACAGCCAGCCCCCACCGUUCACACUGGACACCAGCAUCAGAUCAGCAGAGGCACUCUCAGACUUCCGCCUCCAUGUGUCAGUAUAUUUCCGGGACAGUCUGGUGAGGGAGGUGACCACUUCCAGUCCGGAGGGGUGCCACAUCACUCCGUGCUCCCCAGAGGAGAAGCACUUCGGAGGUGCUGAGGUGGUCCCUCUGCCUGUGGACAGCCUCUCAGCCCAGAGGAGGGGAGAGGACUGUCCCCCGAGUUCCCUGGAGAGCGGAGUGUAUCUGUGGAUGGGUGGAGAUGGACUCUACGCUCGUAGGCUGUGUCAGAGCAAAGUGUACUGGCAGGGAGGACUGUGUCCGUACGGCGACAAGUUCAACAAGCUGGAGAGAGAUGUCACGUGUAAACUCCUGCACACUCAGGACUACCUCACAGAGAUCCAGAGUUAUGGGCUCCAUGCUCGGCCACUGCCUCGUUUCCAGGUCCUGCUGUGUUUCGGAGACGAGUGCCUGGACCCACAGAGACAAAGACGGACCCUCACUGUCCAGGUGGAGCCGCUGUUUGCCAGGCAGCUCCUAUUCUACGCCCAGCAGACUGGGAGCCAUUACUACCGCGGCUACGAUCACCCGGGAGUCACGGACCACAUAAACACCUCGGAGGACUACCAGAGGGCCAUCACACACCAUCACAGCAGCAGCCUGCAGGAGUGAACUUUGCAGCUUCAAGUGACUGUUGAAAACUUCAAGACGCAGCAGUGACCUUUGACACAGGCGACUAGGAAACUGUGAGGCAGGAGGAAAACUUGGACAGUGUUAAAAAGAUGGACAUUUAGUGGCAGUUACUGUUUGCAGGGUAAUUUGUUGUCAGUAUGGGUUGAUCAGUGUGUGUGUGUGUGUGUAUGUGUGUGUGUGUGUGUGUGUGGCUUGAAAACUUGAAAAUUUGCAGUAUUAUUUUUUUUUUCUUACUGUCUUUUUAGGGGACCAUGAAUAUUUUCCACAAUAUUUUACAAUGCAAACAAAACUGACAGCUUAGGUGAUUGUACUAUAGAAAGGUGUAAGUUACAUUUUUGUUUUAAAUAAAUGGGUAGACAUUUUGGAAAAGACGCUUAUUGGCUUUCUUGCAGAGACUUAGAUGAAAAGAUUGAGCCGGUAGCUGUUUAGCUUAACUAAACUCUCAAGCUCACAUAUAAUCUGUUGUUUGAUUACUCCUUAUAAAACCUGAAACGUGAAAACGAAUAAUUUUGUGUUAUGCAGGGGCUUUUGUUUGGAUCUGUUUCUUGAUUCUGAGCGUCUGAGCAUUGUUUUUACAGAUUUAUUUAAUCUGUGCUAAAUCCUAACGAGAUAUAGCAUGUUAAUUACUGAACUUUAGAGGAACUGGGAAGCAGAUGUUUUACCUUUGGAAAGAGCUGGGCAGCUGUUUCCCCCAUUCUUCUGUUUAUGCUAAGCUAAGCUAAGAGGCUUUAGGCUAUAGCUUAAUAUUUGUCACACACACAUUAUUGUAUUGAUCUUUGCAUCCAUCGUUAAACAAGAAAGCAAGCAAGCAUGUUUUCUAAAGAAUGUCGAACUAUUCCUUUAAGAAUGAUAGCUAUUUUUUUUUUAACUUUACUUGUAAAUAACUUUUUUCUGUUGCUAGGAGACACUAUUACCACCAUUUAGUAAAUUAUGAAUGAAGUCUUGCGCCUGGCUGUGUACAUGGGAUAUGAUUUUAGAUAAGCUUUUUCAACUCAACUUUGUAUCAAAUAUUUCACUUCCUUGGUACAUUUCUAAACAUAAGUGUCAUGACAUCUGAGAAAGAGCUGAGGUGAAUGUUUAGCGCUUUGUUUUGCCUUGAAAGUGCACAUUUCUGUCCUGAAAACAAACAAAAAAACAAAACAAUAAAUGGCUUAAGUGUAAA